AUGGGUCACACUACUAUAGUCUCUUUAACAAUGCAGAUUCUAUGCUUAACCCUUUGUUCCCUAAGCUUACCUUGCUCUGCCUUCACCUCAGAACAUUACUCUGACGCCCUUGCAAAAUCUAUACUAUUUUACGAGGGACAGAGGUCAGGUAGAUUACCAUCAACCCAGCGCCAGACAUGGAGGGGUGACUCUGGAUUGUCUGAUGGUUCCUCUUAUCACGUGGACCUUGUAGGAGGAUAUUACGAUGCCGGAGACAAUGUCAAGUUUGGGCUGCCGAUGGCCUUCACGACCACGUUGUUAGCAUGGAGUGUCAUUGAGUUUGGUAACUCCAUGCACAACCAAAUGGAGAAUGUCAAGGCUGCCAUUCGCUGGGGGACUGAUUAUCUUUUAAAAGCAGCCACCGCAACCCCUGCCACCUUAUAUGUCCAAGUGGGGGAGCCAAACAUGGAUCAUCGGUGCUGGGAGAGACCCGAAGACAUGGACACACCACGCAAUGUCUAUAAGGUGUCCUCUCAAAACCCAGGGUCUGAUGUAGCAGCAGAGACAGCCGCUGCAUUGGCAGCGGCUUCAAUUGUCUUCAAGGAGUCUGAUCCUUCUUAUUCCACAAAAUUACUUCAAACUGCCAUGAAAGUGUUCGAUUUUGCAGACAGGUUCAGAGGUUCUUACAGUGACUCUCUCAAUUCAGUAGUCUGUCCAUUUUACUGCUCUUACUCAGGAUAUCAUGAUGAGCUCUUAUGGGGAGCAUCAUGGCUUCAUAGAGCAUCACAGAAUACCUCAUAUUUGGCUUACAUCCAAUCGAACGGCCACACAAUGGGCGCAGAUGAAGAUGACUAUUCCUUCAGUUGGGAUGAUAAGCGACCUGGAACUAAGGUCCUUCUUUCCAAGGUUUUCUUCUUAAACUCAAACGUGCUCUUAGAAUAUAAAAACACUAAUGAUUCAAAGCCUAACUUUUUUUCUGGACCUAUUCCACAGGACUUCUUGGAGAAGAAAACUGAAGAAUUUCAAUUAUACAAAGCACACUCGGAUAAUUACAUAUGUUCUUUGAUACCAGGAUCCCCUAAUUUCCAGGCCCAGUAUACACCAGGAGGGCUUCUCUACAAAGGAAGCGAAAGCAAUCUACAGUAUGUUACGUCGUCGGCUUUCCUCCUCUUGACAUAUGCCAAGUAUCUGAGCACAAACAACGGAGUUGCCACAUGUGGGACUUCAACAGUCACAGCAGACAAGCUGAUUGCCCUGGCAAAGAAACAGGUUGACUACAUAUUAGGUGAUAAUCCAGCAAAGAUAUCAUACAUGGUAGGGUUUGGUCAGAGGUAUCCGCUACACGUCCACCAUAGGGGAUCCUCCUUACCAUCUGUACAUGCUCAUCCAGACCACAUUGCUUGCAAUUCUGGAUUCCAGUACCUGUACUCUGGCUCACCCAAUCCAAAUGUGCUUGUUGGAGCGAUCGUCGGUGGUCCUGACAGCAAAGACAAUUUUGCUGAUGAUCGGAAUAAUUAUCAGCAAUCCGAACCGGCUACAUACAUCAACGCAGCCUUUGUUGGGUCUGUCGCUUACUUCUCAGCCAUAUGA